AGUGUUACCUUUAGAGGCUUACUGCUUGCUGCUUACAGCCCCCCGGAAGCGGUUGUUACGCGGCUUCUCCUCGCCCUGCCACGUGUUUACCCAGCGUCUUCAUCCCCCAACGGACACGACGUUUUGAUUCCUUCAAAACUAAGCUAAAACCCCAAACUUGCCCUUUUUAUUUUCUUGGAAUCCAAACGCCAUUGCCACAUCAGAGAUGUCUUCGAAUCCUUAUAGAAACCCUAAUUCUCUCUACCCGGAAGUUGAUAUCUCAAACCCAGAAGCCACUUCUCGUCUUGUCUCAAACCCAACUUCUGCUUCAUCUUCGUCGCUGUACCCUUCUCUUGAAGUAAAAGAGCUCGCUGAGAAUCUUUUCCCGGACGAAAACGAUGCCGCUUUACAAAACCCCAGUUCCCAACCAUUCGAAGAAGUCCUCGUCAGAGUCGCCGGUGCCAUCGUCCAUCUCAUCGACAAGCAACACAGCGUCGAGCUCGCUUCCGGAGUGCUUACCAUAGUUCGGCUCCGGCAAGGCGAGAACGUGGUCGCUGUUCUUGCACGAAUCGGCGAUGAGAUCCAGUGGCCAUUGGCGAAAGAUGAGGCCGCGGUGAAGCUCGAUGAAUCGCAUUAUUUCUUCAGUCUUCGCGUGCCCGAAUCUGGUUCCGGCUCGGCUUCGAGCGAUUAUGAUGGUGAGAGUGAGAAUUUGUUGAACUAUGGAUUAACUAUCGCGUCGAAGGGGCAAGAGGGAUUGUUGAAGGAAUUGGAUGCGGUUUUGGAGAAGUACAGUUGUUUUUCGGUGCAGAAGGUGAAGGGGACGGUUGGGUGGGAGGUUUUAGAUGGAUCGGUUGCGAGAGAGACUUCUCCGGAGGAUUUGGGAUCGAAGAAGAAGAAGAAAUUGAUGGAGGAGAGGUCAGGGGCGUACUGGACGACACUGGCUCCUAAUGUGGAGGAUUACAGUGGGUGCGUUGCGAGGAUGAUUGCCGCCGGAUCAGGGCAGCUCAUCAAGGGAAUCCUGUGGUCGGGCAAUGUAACGGUGGAUGGAUUGAAUUGGGGGAAUGAGUUUUUGAAGAUAAGAAUGGGGCCGGGUUCCAAAUCCGAAAUUAGUCCAGAGGCAAUGAAGAGGAUGAAAAGGGUUAAGAAGUUGACAAAGAUGUCCGAGAAGGUGGCAACUGGAGUUCUUUCUGGGGUUGUUAAAGUCUCUGGAUUCUUUACAAGUUCUGUUGUGAACUCAAAAGUCGGCAAGAAAUUUUUUAGCCUGUUGCCUGGAGAAAUUGUCCUUGCUUCAUUAGAUGGAUUUAAUAAAGUCUGUGAUGCUGUUGAAGUUGCUGGAAAGAACGUCAUGUCUACCACCUCAGUUGUGACAACUGGGCUUGUUUCACAGAGGUAUGGAGAACAGGCAGCACAGGUGACACACGAGGGGCUUGGUGCUGCAGGGCAUGCUAUUGGGACUGCUUGGGCAGUGUUCAAGAUACGAAAAGCUCUCAACCCGAAGAGUGCAUUUAUGCCCACAAAACUUGCAAAGGCUGCUGCUGAAGCAAAUUCUGCUAAACUGAAGACUAAACAAGCAAAGUAAUGGCAGAUGGUUUUGGGUUGGUUUUAUAUGAAACUCUUAGACACUUACAUUUUUUGUUCUUAUACCAAGUGGUAGCUACUACAGACAGUCGAUUGUAUUUAUUUAUUUUUGUUUCAAUGGAUGUUCUCAGAAAACCAGUGUGUGUAUUAACGAUCUUCUUGUAUAAAUGAUGUGUAUUUCAAUGAAUAUACUUUAUCUUUGCCUCA